AUGCGACUGUCGAUAUCAUGUGAUGCUUGCCGUCGGGCCAAGGUGAAAUGCAUUCAUGAUGGAAGGUCACCCUGUCAGCGAUGUCAAAAGACAAACAGUGAAGGAUGCGCCCUUACAGACCCGCGGGCUUCCAAACUAAGAGCCCGGAGAAAUACUGUCGGGUCCGCGGCACCCCAGAAGCGAAGAAAGGCGUCACAUCCUGCGCACUCAGCUGAGGAUAUCAGCACUCUCAGAAGGGCCCCUCAGAAUGCCUCGGAAGGCCAUGAGAACCCCAUCUCGGCCUUGCCGCCAUCUACCGUGAUCAGUGCAGUAGAAACUUACCGGAAGAAGUUCCCCGUCGCGAACUUUCUUCACUAUCCUUCUUUGAUAUCUGAUAUCUCCUCUAAUUUUGAUUCGGUGGAUCCAAUUUUCAUCGCAUCCCUUCUUUCCAUGUGUGUACGUUUCAUGGCCGACGAUGAGCUCGAGGGGGAGGAGAUCUACGCAGGCUAUGCGCGACAACAUCUAGCGCAGCGUGCGAUGGAGGCUCCUUCUCUUUAUCUAGCUCAGUCGCUGGUAAUGAUUUCUUUCUAUGAAUGGGGCACUGGGCGACCGUACCAGGCUUGGAUGUACAGUGGUAUGGCCACCUACAUGAUCCAAUCGCUUCUCAAGAUGGCAGAUGACAGCAUGGAACACAACCCACAUGAGUUCCACGCCUCCCAAACUCAGUAUGAACAGCUCGUUCGAACCUAUUGGUGCUGCUUUGCGCAAGAUUGCGAGCUGAGCUCUGGGGCCAGGCAACACUUUGCCUUGUCAUUUUCUCAGAUUUCAGUCCCGCUUCCUAUCAGCGACCGAGACUUUACGUUCAACCAUUUACCCGAAAGGAGAUUGAUGCCCGCUGAUAUGAACAAGGGGUGUCCCUUGGCAAACAAUCUGACUAUCGAGCACGGUCUGACAAUAGUUACGCGUGGAUUUGAUAUUUUUGUGCGGAUCUUGAGAUUUGCUAAUGAGCAUCGACGUAACCUCUCCUCGACAGGCUCAGACGACUCGGCCACACCCCUGCAUCAAACUUGGCAGAAGCUUAAAGGGGAAUUAGAUGAAUGGAGAUCGCUGCAGGAUCAGACCGUGCGAUACCCCGAUACUAGUGCCCAGGCGCAUGUAUCUCUGGGCUAUGGAGAAUUAUUUGCCUAUGUCAAUUUGAUCUAUUUCAUGAGGUUUGUUCUGACGCACCCAGCCUCGAUGAGCCAGAUCGCAGGGAUAGUCGCUGACAGCAGUAAACAUAGCAUACUUUUCCUCCAUCGUGAUCGCUUCCUGUCCAAUCUGAAGCCUCACUCUGACGUCUUCCACGAUAUGGACGAAAAUGACCAAUACGAGCCCCAUACAAUCAAGCAACUUUUUGAGGCUGCUCAGCACAUCAGUGGAGUCUUGUCAGCACUAGAAUCCUCAGAAGCGCCGGUAAUGACCCCUUAUUCCGGAUUCAGCGUUUUUGUCGCGGCGCAUAUCAACAUGUACGGGACCAUCGCACCAACGAGAUACCCGGGCGGAUUGGCUCGAGCAGAAGAAGCAAAAAGCAGAAAUCUCGUCUAUCUUGAAAAAUUAAGCCGCUUAUGGCCUUGGCGAACGGUUCAAGAGGCCAAUCGGUUCUACGAGACCGUGAAAUACUCCCAGACACAUAGCGACGACGGCAUUCACAGUCCAACGCGAUUUGCACUAGCCGGAAGAUUGGACGAGUACGGCGAUAUCCGAUCUCGGCCCAAUCGCGAUUCGCAAACCGCGAGGUCGAUCAGCACCGAGCCCCGUGACGCGCAUCAAACUUUAGUUUCCGGGACGGAGGGAGAAGGGCCCGAUUUUGCGCGCGAUGCUGCUGCAUUUGGAGGUCACGAUGUUGAGACAGACAUGUUUCAGUGGCCGUUUAUUGAUGGAUCUUGGUCGGCCGGCUUUGACGCGGGACUUGAUGGGCUAUGGCAUCACUCGGGCUUAUUUGAUCCCAAUCCGAUCAUGAGAUAG